CCAAUAGCAAUGCAAGCACUGAUUCAUGCUGACCUCCACAACUUCAAUAACCAGUUGUGCCUUAGGAAAAACAAUCUUAGAACUUCAAUGUUAAGAAAUUCAUAAAGUGUACUGGUACUUACGCCCAAAAGUAAAAAUACGACGGCUCUUGUUGACACCCUCAGAGAGUGGCAAUACCCAUUCCGAUGAAUAUAUGGACAGACAUUUGAAUAGUUUGAACCAAAUUUUAUCUUGUGAUACAAAAGAACAGUUUUUAUUAGGUAAGACUGCGCUUAUUUUUGCUGAACUAUAUUCAUAAUAUUGUUUCUCAAUUUCAGCUUAUGAACACGUCAAAUCCACUUGGUCAAAUUCAUUUCGAACUUAUUUUCAGCGAAAUCAUUUAACACAUGUGGAUGAGUUAGGUAAGGUCAACACUAGUUCACUUUUUCAUAGUUGCUGAGUAAAAUUUAUUUGUUAUUAUUACAGGAAAGUGGCAUGCUCGUACGUUUGCCUCUGGGACGAAAUGAACUGCUCACCACCUACUGCAAAUCCAGCUGAAAGUAUGAAUGCCACAGUGGAGAAAUGGCUUCAAUGGAAAGAAGUAUCGAUCGACAGAUUUAUAACGUUAUCGUAUAGCUUCAUGAGGUUCUAUGUCAAUGAGAUUCGUCGAGGUUAUUGUGGCUCAGGGUCGUAUCGUUUAAAAACUGGUUAUCGUCAAUUUUCAAGUGAUUCUGGUCUAUUAACUACAACUAAAUGUUACGACAUUGAUCAAAUUUUGGUUAAGAUUAAAGAAUCUGUCGAGAAACAAAAACAAACGACCAGUUCGACUAACUUCACGUCUUCUUUUUCAAAUAUAGAUAGCAAUGACAAUUCUAUCAUUGAAGAAGAGGAAACAAACGAAAAUCUCAAUUCAACAACUACCACCUUGUCAUCAACAAUAUUCAACCAAGCAAAUGACAAUGUCAAAAGAUGCAGCAUGACAGUAGAACAAAAAGCACAAAUGAUUGAAGAUUUGGCUUUACUCUCCUUUGAUCCAAAGACCGAUCGUGCUGCUGCUAAACAGUAUCAAACUGAAUUAGUCAAUAAAUGA